CUCUGCCUCCGCUCCCCGCGCCGCGGCCGCGCCUCGGCCCCAUCUGAGGGCCUGACAGCCCCCGGGCAGGGCGGCGCCACGGCGGGCACCGCGCUCCCCUCCACUGGAUCACUUCCCCCAGCUGGGGCAACUUCUCCCGAGGCGGGAGGCGCUUUGUUGUUGUUGUUGUUGUUUUUGUUUUUUUUUUACUCGGCUCCCUUAUAUCCCAAUCGGGCAAACUUCUCGGCCCUGAAUGACUUUUCCUGAAGCGGACAUUUUCCUCAAAUCCGGAGAGUGUGCUGGGCAGACGAUGCUGGACACGAUGGAGGCGCCGGGCCACUCGAGGCAGCUGCUGCUGCAGCUCAACAACCAGCGCACCAAGGGCUUCUUGUGCGACGUGAUCAUCGUGGUGCAGAACGCCCUCUUCCGCGCGCACAAGAACGUGCUGGCGGCCAGCAGCGCCUACCUCAAGUCCCUGGUGGUGCAUGACAACCUGCUCAACCUGGACCAUGACAUGGUGAGCCCGGCCGUGUUCCGCCUGGUGCUGGACUUCAUCUACACCGGCCGCCUGGCAGAUGGCGCAGAGGCGGCGGCGGCCGCGGCCGUGGCUCCGGGGGCCGAGCCGAGCCUGGGCGCAGUGCUGGCCGCCGCCAGCUACCUGCAGAUCCCCGACCUCGUGGCGCUGUGCAAGAAGCGCCUCAAGCGCCACGGCAAGUACUGCCACCUGCGGGGCGGUGGCGGCGGCGGCGGCGGCUACGCUCCCUACGGGAGGCCUGGCCGGGGCCUUCGGGCCGCCACGCCCGUCAUCCAGGCCUGCUACUCGUCCCCGGCCGGGCCCCCGCCGCCGCCAGCCGGUGAGCCGUCCGCGGGCCCCGAGGCCGCGGUGAACACGCACUGCGCGGAGUUGUACGCCUCGGGCCCCGGCCCGGCCUCCGCACUCUGCGCCCCGGAGCGCCGCUGCUCCCCGCUCUGCGGCCUGGACCUGUCCAAGAAGAGCCCGCCGGGCUCCGCGCCUCCCGAGCGGCCGCCCGGCGAGCGCGAACUGCCCCCGCGCCCAGACAGCCCUCCCAGUGCCGGCCCCGCAGCCUACAAGGAGCCCCCGCUCCCCCUGCCGCCGCUGCCGCCGCUGCCCUUCCAGAAGCUGGAGGAGGCCGUACCGCCUCCGGACCCGUUCCGUGGCGGCGGCGGCGGCGGCGGCGGCAGCCCGGGACCCGAGCCCCCGGGCCGCCCCGACGGGCCCAGCCUCCUCUACCGCUGGAUGAAGCACGAACCAGGCCUGGGCAGUUACGGCGACGAGCUGGGCCGGGAGCGCGGCUCCCCCAGCGAGCGCUGCGAGGAGCGCGGCGGGGACCCGGCCGCCUCGCCUGGGGUGCCUGCUCUAGGCCUGGCGCCGCCGCGCUACCACGGCGGCCUGGACGGGCCAGGCGCGGGUGGCGACGGCGACGACUAUAAGAGCAGCAGCGAGGAGACAGGCAGCAGCGAGGACCCCAGCCCGCCCGGCGGCCACCUCGAGGGCUACCCAUGCCCGCACCUGGCUUACGGCGAGCCCGAGAGCUUCGGUGACAACCUGUACGUGUGCAUACCGUGCGGCAAGGGCUUCCCUAGCUCGGAGCAGCUGAAUGCGCACGUGGAAGCUCACGUGGAGGAGGAGGAGGCGCUGUACGGCAGGGCCGAGGCGGCUGAGGUAGCUGCGGGGGCCGCCGGCUUGGGGCCCCCUUUUGGAGGCAGUGGGGACAAGGUCGCUGGGGCUCCGGGCGGCCUGGGUGAGCUGCUGCGGCCGUACCGCUGCGCGUCGUGCGACAAGAGCUACAAAGACCCGGCCACGCUGCGACAGCACGAGAAGACGCACUGGCUGACCCGACCCUAUCCUUGCACCAUCUGCGGGAAGAAGUUCACGCAGCGCGGGACCAUGACGCGCCACAUGCGCAGCCACCUGGGCCUCAAACCCUUCGCGUGCGACGCGUGCGGCAUGCGCUUCACGCGCCAGUACCGCCUCACCGAGCACAUGCGCAUCCACUCGGGCGAGAAGCCCUACGAGUGCCAGGUGUGCGGCGGCAAGUUCGCCCAGCAACGCAACCUCAUCAGCCACAUGAAGAUGCACGCCGUGGGUGGCGCGGCAGGCGCAGCCGGAGCGCUGGCCGGCCUGGGGGCGCUGCCCGGCGUCCCCGGCCCCGACGGCAAGGGCAAGCUCGACUUCCCCGAGGGUGUCUUUGCUGUGGCCCGCCUCACGGCUGAACAGCUGAGCCUGAAGCAGCAGGACAAGGCAGCGGCGGCCGAGCUGCUGGCGCAGACCACGCACUUCCUGCACGACCCCAAGGUGGCGCUCGAGAGCCUCUACCCGCUGGCUAAGUUCACCGCCGAGCUGGGCCUCAGCCCGGACAAGGCGGCCGAGGUGCUGAGCCAGGGAGCGCACCUGGCCGCCGGACCCGACGGCCGGACCAUCGACCGCUUUUCCCCCACCUAGAGCGCCUCUUGCCGGUCCGCCUUCGUCGCCGCCGCGUGGCACCGACCCGUGCCCGCCCCCCGCCCCCCACUCCCCCCAC